AUGGAGCGCUUCGACGAUUUUGAGUACAACAACAGAGACAUCAUAGGACAUGGCGCUUUUGCUAUCGUUUACAAAGGACGAUAUCGAGUGCGUCCUGAGGAGCCUGUGGCUAUCAAGGCGAUUGCCAAGAAGAAUCUCCAAAAGUCGAAAAAUCUUCUUCAAAAAGAGAUCAAGAUUUUAAAAGAAUUGAGUGGUUUAAAACAUGAGAAUUUGGUGACUCUGCUGAAAUGCACAGAGACGGCUACCCAUGUCUUUCUGGUAAUGGAAUUUUGCAAUGGAGGAGAUCUCGCGGAUUAUCUUCAACAAAAAAGCACAAUGAAAGAAGAUACAAUUCAACAUCUUGUCAUACAUAUUGCACGAGCCCUUCAAGCAAUUCAUGUAAAAGGGAUUAUGCAUCGUGAUUUGAAACCGCAAAAUAUUCUUUUGUGCAAUCCGGGGCGUCGAUCGAAUCCACCGUUUCAAGAUCUUAUCAUCAAAUUGGCAGAUUUCGGUUUUGCUCGUUUCCUCGAUGAUGGAGUAAUGGCAGCGACUCUUUGCGGAUCUCCAAUGUACAUGGCUCCAGAGGUCAUCAUGUCAUUGACUUAUGACGCAAAAGCGGAUCUUUGGUCGAUUGGAACGAUUCUUUUCCAAUGUCUUACCGGAAAAGCUCCAUUUCAGGCCCAAACACCACCACAAUUGAAAAUGUUCUAUGAGAAGAACAUGAUGCUAAGACCGGCGAUACCCGAUUGGUGCUCACCGGCACUCAAAGAUCUCCUAUUGAAACUCUUGAAAAGAAAUGCUAAAGAUCGGAUUGAUUUUGAGGAUUUCUUCAAUCACGAGUUCCUACACACUCCACCACUCGUUUCACCAUCGAAACGAAUCCUUGAAGCACAAGGAAGUCCAUUGGCGGCAAGAAGACCUGUCGCUUCAUCGUCAGCUUUACCCGUUCCUCGCCGAAACACCAUCAAGGAUAGUCCUCUAUCCUCUCGAAAACUGAUGAAUGAUAGCAAUGAUUUCACUUUCCUUCCUCCUCUUCAAUCACCUCAAUCUCGAAUUGAGAAUAACCCCGUUAAACAGGUUCAGGUGCACACUGAGUCGAAUUUGGGAAAUGGUGGAGGAGCAAGAGCUGUGCCAGUGCCGAGUCAACGACAAGCCUAUGCAAGAAUUGAAGAGAGAAGGCUCAGUUUGGCUAAAGAGAAAAGUAUUCUGUCGGCAAGUCCUGGAAACCCUCCAGUGCCCGAGAAUCGCGAGAUGCCACAAGCACGAGUGCCAUCCAUUGAAACAAUGACUGUUCCUGAAACUCAAUACAUUAUUCGAAGCUCAGCAACUCGAAGAAGUCAGGCUGAAAUCAAUCGGAUGCGUCGACCCACCACUGUCAGCGAAGAACCGGCUAUACCAACCCUACCUGGACAAGUUGAUCUCAUCCCCAAAUCUGCUACUUCAAAUGAUUUGAAACGACAAACUAGCAAUGGAAAUCAACUGAGAUUGCGUCCCCAAGAAGCCGAACAAUUGGAUAACGUGAAAUACCUCAGCGUUUCUCCGCCUCGACAACAAGCCGCUCUCACCGUCAAGGCUUCACCUCCCGCAGUUGCACAAAGUGAUAUCAGCGAAGAUGAGGAUGAAGCGAAUGAUCAGAUUUCGUUACCAUUUGGCUGUGCCACUGAUCUCAACCAAGAACCACAAAAUGUUGAUUGUUCUUUGCAUUCAAAUAUGGCUGUUUCAACAUCCGGUGAUGAUACGACAUCUUCGAGUAUGGCUGCAGCUCCACCAUCUUUGCCUAGACCAGCUAAUCCGUUUACUCAAAGUGACUUUGCUGACACUGAAGGUGGACCUCCUCCAGCCUUGGAACAAGAAACAGUAAUGCGUGAGGAGCAUAAACAAAUUCUUGGCAAGCUGAAGUUCGUAUUGGAAUUAGUUGAGACACUGAUUGGAGUAGCUGAAUCGAAAGAGAAUCCUUUAGCCAACAUUCACACAAAUAAGGUUGAGCAAGGAGAAAGGGGAACUGCGUAUCGAAGAGCCGAACAACUCGUCGUUUAUGUACGGGCGUUGCAUAUGCUGAGUUCAGCUCUUCUUUUAGCACAAAGAAAUGUGGCCACUCGAACUCUUCACCCAUCGCCAGCCGUUCAAAAUGUGCUGAAUCUCCUAAACGAUAAAUAUCAUCAAUGUCUGGUUCGAUCUCAAGAAUUAGCCUCUCUUGGAGUCCCAGGAGCUGACCCAGCAAUGGCUGUGGUCUCAGCUGAGAGAAUCAUGUACAGACACGCGAUUGAACUCUGCCAGUCAGCUGCCCUCGACGAGUUAUUUGGAAACCCUCAUCUUUGCAGUCAAAGAUAUCAAACAGCAUACAUGAUGCUACACACUUUAUCUGAACAAGUCAACUCUGAACAAGAUAAAAUGGUGCUUUCACGAUAUAAAAAUGCUGUGGAGAAGAGACUACGAAUUCUCGAGCGACAGGGUUUUGUGACAGCAGUGGUUAACUCA